UUGGUUUACUCCGUACUCGACUGUAGACAGUGACUAUUGAUAAAAGAUAAAAAGUGAUGGAGUCCACGGCACUCUACAACUCUCUGGGCCGUUGUUAAUUUUCAUUAUAAAUUUCAAUUUUGUGCAUUCUGUCUUAGACUCUUAGUCCGUACUUUGAAUUAUAAUAUGAUUUGUAUUCAAAUACUAUAUAGGUAUUUAGUUUUAGUUAUUACUUAUUAGUAUUUUAUUUUAUCUAUUUUUUUUUAUAGUGUUUAUUUUAUUAAUUUAUUCGAUUAAACUAUGGUUGAAACGAUAAUUAUUUCAGUCAUAGCCAUAUUAAUUAUGUAAAACGAGUUAUUAAUAUUUUGAAUACAUAAAUGUUAUUUUGGUAAUUAAAACAUUAUUUUUGCCACUAUGACUGGAUCCUUGUUUAAAGUGAUACCUAAUUUAACAUUCACAAACAGUUAAUGAUCAUUUGGACCAUGGCCAUACAUCCAUGUCCGUAUGAAGAUUGCACUUCUACGUUCAGUCGUCCAUACCGUUUGCAAAUUCAUAUUCAACGACAUCAAGGCAUUAAACAAUUCCAAUGCACCCAAUGCGAUCGCGGUUACCAUCGACGACAGCACUUGCAGAGACACUUUGCCGAGGCUCAUCAAAAUCAUUCGAGAUUAGAAGAACCAUUGUUUUGUGAUCACUGUGACCGACCAUUUAACACAGCAUGGGGCCUCCGCAGACAUCAAGACAAAAUUAAGGCGCCUAAAUUACGUGACAGAACGCACCGUUGUGAAACUUGUGGCCGAAGGUUUUUCCAAGCUGAUCAUCUCAAAAUCCAUUCUCUUAGACACGAACGUUUCAAAUGUGACAUGCCAUCAUGUCCACUGUCUGAACACAAAUUCAGUUGGUCGUUUUAUCAACAACACUUAGCCACUCACCCCUCUGAACCUUAUGUGUGUCAUCAUUGUAAUGAACAAUUUAUUCGUAAGGCUCAAAUAAGGCAGCAUGUUACACAACACAUGCCCAAAUUUGUUUGUACACAGUUGGGAUGUGGUAAAACAUUUGCCGAGUCUAGGUAUAUGUACAAUCAUAUUCAAAUGUCUCAUAAAGAAAGAAGAUACGAAUGCAGUGUCAUUGGAUGUGAUUGGGUGUUUACGUUCAAAAGUCGUUUAGAAAAUCACAUGAAAGUCCAUCAACGAAAUGGGAGAAUUGUUCCAAUGGCAAAAAGAUAUAAAAAAAAAGAAAAAACAUUUUUAAUGGCUAAGAAGUUGGCUGCAUUAGCUCUAAAAAUCAACUAAAAUUGCACUACGGCAGCAAGUACUAAGUACAAACAUCGUAACGUACAGUCUACUCUUUACCAACCAUCAUCAAUUACACAACAUAAGUGACUCCCAUCACGCUACAAAGGGGUGGAGUAGGACGGAAAGGCACGUCUCGCCGGAUGAGUCUGGUAAUCGGAUCACUCAUUUGGGGAAAUUUAAUUUUCUAAAAAAUAUGUUAUCAUAGAGAAAAUGUAAAUUUAUUUCUUAAAUUAAAUAUUAAGUAUUUA